AUGGGGAUCUCGAGGCCCCUUGUGGCGCUGGUCCUGGCGCUUCUGAUCGCCGGCGCCGGUGCGACCGCCGAGGAGCCGGUGGUGGCCGCGGACUCAGUGGCCGGCGCGGUGGAGGCCGCGGCGGCGCUCAGGGCGGAGGAGGCUGCGGAGGCCGCGGCGCUCAGGGCCGAGCUGGGCCAGCUCCGCGCGAAGAUCGCCGCCUUAGAGUCAGACAUAGCAGAGCGAUCUCAGUUACUGAAGAAUAAGGACGAUGCCAUCAAGAACCUGGAGAAAGCCAUUGAGGAGAAGUCAAAGGCUAUUACCUCUAUGCAGGGCGAGAUUGCUUCUCUCCAGGCAAAAGGGUCUGUAGUUGCCGAGGAGCAGGCUAACAAGGCCAAUGCCAAGGCUGUUGAGCUUGAGAAGCAGAUUGACAAGCUCAAAAAGGAUCUUGAAGCACAAAGUAGCCAGAAAGCAGCAUUAGAAUCUAGGGCCAACGAUGCAGAGAAGAAGGUGGAAGAGCUGAAUGAAAAGCUUAAUACAAUCCAAAAGGAAAGUGAUGAGCAAAAACGCAAAAUCAAGAAGACAGAACGUGCUCUUAAAGUCGCCGAGGAGGAAUUGAUGAGGUUGCAGUUAGAAGCAACUGCUAAGGCAAAACAGCUGACAGAGGUUCAUGGAGCAUGGCUGCCACCUUGGUUAGCGGCACAGUAUGCUCACUAUGUGGAGGUUGUAUCAGGCCACUGGAAUGAACAUGGAAAACCUGCUGUGCAUAAUGUUCUGCAUAAGGCUUCAGAAAAAUCAGCUCAGGCAAAGAAAUGGGCUGAACCUCAUAUUGAGACUGCUAAGAUGAAAUGGAUUCCUGUCAAGGAAAAAUUGGUUGUCCUGAAGAAAAAUGCAGAACCUUAUGUACAGAAGGUAUCAACAAGAUCAGUGGAGUUUUACGAGUCGUCAAGAGAUGCUGUGACACCUCAUGUUGUCAAAGUUAGAGAGUUCGCUCAUCCCUACUACCAGGAAGUCAAGAAGUUUUCUAAGCCUUACAUUGAUCAAAUUGCUGAGAUCACUAAGCCACAUGUUGAGAAAGUUAGAACUACUCUGAAGCCAUACACUAAGAGAGCAGUUCAUGCAUAUGGGUCAUUUCUUGAGUCGGCAACCACAUACCAUCGACAGGCUCAAGCAAGCAUCAUGGACUACCUUCACCAGCAUGACAUAACAAAAUCAUUUGCAACGAAGGAGUUAGUUUGGUUCCUGAUCUUUGAGCAGGAUUGGAUUGCUCUCCCUCUCCCUGAGGCUGUUCUGCUGAACCAUGGAGGAAGGAGACUUGGGUCAUAG